CUUAUAGUGGCUUCUAGCCACGACCAGCAGGCCAACCAUAGACCAGUUGCCCCCAAACGCAACCACCACAGCUCCGAUCCCGUUAAGCACUAGUUAUAUGCAGCGAAACCAAUCCCGAAGCCACUCAUUGUCCCCAACGCUACUUGGUCUCCCCGGCCAAUCAUGGGAGCCGCCUCGCUUUCAUCCAGAGCGGCAGCUGCCAUCCUCCUCCUUCUAGUCCUCCUUGCAGAAGCUCGACGCCAUGGCGCCGGCGCGACGGAGUACACCGUCGGCGACUCGGCCGGGUGGACCAUCGGCCCCAACUACCUCACCUGGUCGCAGAAGUACAACUUCACCGCCGGCGACACGCUCGUGUUCAGCUACGUGGCGGCGCAGCACGACGUGCACCGGGUGACCCAGGACGCGUUCCGGACGUGCGAGCCGGCGGCGAACCAGACGAUGGGUGCGUGGGCGACGGGCCACGACCUCGUCAACCUCACCGUGCCGGGGGACUACUACUUCAUCUGCAACGUCUCGGGCCACUGCCUCGGGGGCAUGAAGUUCGCCGUCGCCGUGGCCGCGCCGCCCCCUCCGCCGCCGCCUCCCCCGCAGGUGUUUCUGCCGCCGCCGCCACCGCCGCCCGCGAGCUCUGCCGGCGUGUCGUCGCGGAUCGCACGGCGGCGGCCCGCGUGGCCGGAGGCGGUGCGGAUCCCAUGCCUCGCCGCGAUCGGCCUGCUGGUUCUUGCUUAGGUGUUCAUCGUUCGGCAAAGAAAUUCUUGCACAAUUGAUUGGUAGGGUUGUUGUGCCAUAUUUUUAUUCUGGGUGAUGGUUGACCUGGACCGUUUCGUUGGUUAGUUGGAAUGAGCUAGCUAGCAGUGACGUGCAUCUGUGCCUACGGUUGAUGGAGAGCGAUGACUCUGUACUGGAAUUUGGCAAUGCAUUGCUCUUUGCGCCUUGUUAUCUUUGUGGAAGCGCCAAACGGGGUCGUUCGACAGUUAAUUGUUAGGAACGUGUACUCCUUAGCCUAAUCACAAUGGAUUUCAUAUCACUGUUUUUAAGAA